CAUGGUUAUUAAGUUUUUAAUACAAUGUGCUUAAGAAAGUAAAUUUUUUUAAGUUUGAAAUAAAAUAAUAAGAUAAAAUCUGUUCUUUUUUUCAAGUCAGUAUUUCAGUUGAAAUACCAAUAUCAGGUUGAUAUUUAACCUUCGCAUUUAAAUAAAUCAUUGUCACAUCACCAUAUCAUUGGUACAUAUACGCAAUGCCAUUGUUUUCAAAUAAAUUCUCACCCAAAAAGACCCCUACAAGAAAAGUAGGAGUUUUCUUAGCGAACAAAGAUUUCAGUCCGAAACGUAUAGAAAAAGAACUGGGACCGAAUGUUGGUCCUAUACAUUUAAAAUUAGGAGACCAAGAAACUGUCUUUGAAUCUGGCUCGUGGAUCCCAGAAUCUGGUAAAAUCGGAACCACGUACAAAGAAAAUGAGAAAUUAAAAAAGGAAGUAAAAAGAUUGGAAGAUGAAAACAACUUAUUAAAGCUAAAAUUUGAAGUACUUCUUGAUAUGUUGACACAAACAACAGCAGAACAUUAUUCACAGAAGGAAGAACUAGAUAGACUAAAACAGAAAUUACAAUACAAGAGCAGAGAUUCUUGAUAUAAAAAGCACAUUAUCAUAAUUCAUCCUUUCUUUUACAUAUCGAAUUAAACAAAUGUGUUCAUAUAGCUAUAUGAUGUAUCUUGUAUGAUGUAUUUAAAAUCUUGUACUUAAUUUAUUAUUAAUUUAUACAUUUGUACAUAUAUAGUAUAUAUUCAUAUAUAUUCAACUAUAAUCUUGUACUUAAUCACUCUACUCUUAAUUUAUAUAUAUAUAUACAUGUAUAUUUAUGUUAUUAUAUUCUAAAGCACAUUGUAUAUUUUAGAAAGUGAUCGUAUGGAAUAUAAAGGGCAAUUACAUUUCUGUCAUUAUACUGAU